AUGUCAGACCACGCAAUAGCCGCCCCAUCGCGGAAACUGGACGAGUUCGAGGAGCUCGUCUUCCAGUAUACAGGCCGAAUGGGCCACGGCAAUGAAGAGCACUGGGACGUCGACGCCCGCAACUGCGACCUCCGCUUCGAAUCAGCAAGCCGCGGCCCCCCAGCCAGAGUCUCAUUCCUAUUCACCAUCACGCCCGCGCUCAGCAAUAUGAUGGGGAACCUGCACGGCGGGUGCGCGGCGACUCUGAUCGAUGUCUUGUCGACGACUAUCCUGCUAGGCGUGUCUGAGCCUGGGAAGUUUGCUUAUGGGGGCGUGAGUCGGAAUCUGAAGGUCACUUAUUUGCGGCCCGUGCCGACGGGGUCGGAGGUUCGGCUUGUUUGUGAGGUUAUCCAUGUUGGGAAGAGGUUGGCGCUGCUUAGGGCUGAGAUUCAGAGGGCUGAGAACGGGGAUAUUUGUGUUGUUGGGGAGCAUGAGAAGGCGAAUACUGACCCUGAGGUGACGCAGAGGAUUUGA